AUGUUUCUCCGCACCGAAACAAGCGGCUAUGUUGACCUGAUUAUCCAGAACCUGCGGGAAAUCGCAGAUCUCGGUGCCCCUCUUGGAAUCAGAUUCACUUACGAGGCGUUAUCAUGGGGAACACACGUGGAUACAUGGGAAAAGUGCUGUGAUAUUGUGACGAGGGUCGAUCGCCCCAAUUUUGGAAUAUGCCUCGACGCCUUCAACCUGGCCGGGCGGGUUUCUGCGGAUCCAGGAGCGGGAUCAGGGAUGGCUGUGGACGCCCUGGCUGCAAUGAAGACAUCGCUGGAGAGACUGGGUUCUACAAUAAACAUCCAGAAGCUUUUCUGGGUGCAGGUGGUGGAUGCAGAGAAGAUGGAUCAUCCGUUGGAGCCUAAUUCCCCGUACUAUGUUGCCGGUCAGCCUUCUCGCAUGAGCUGUUCUCGAAAUUGCAGACUGUUCUACGGGAAAGAAGAUUGA